AUUUCUUCUUGCUAAAGGUUAUCUUCUUUGUGUUAUCUGCAGUGUUGGGCAGCAUUAUACGGAAUGAGCAGUCUUGGGAAAAUGUUGCUCACAAGAGACUUAUGGACAUGGAGGAAGCUAGAAGUACCAUGUUCAACCAGAAAACUACUCCAGAAAGUCUCUUGCCUGUUUUUACACUUCUCAUCAUUUUCUGAGUCUCACUGUGGCUUGCCCACCUGCAUUGCCUCUCUACAGCACUCUGCCCACCAUAAAAAUCUCGCCAAAGGCAUGCAACUCCACUCCUACAUGCUCACCAGUGGCUUUCUCAACUCCCCUCUAUCCAUCACUAGCCUGAUCAACAUGUACUCAAAGUGCAACCAAAUGGAAGAUGCUAUUUUGGUAUUCAAUAACUAUACUCAUGAUUGUAAUGUGUUUUCCUAUAAUGCAAUCAUUUCUGGGUUUCUUUUAAAUGGGCUUGCCGAAGAUGGGUUUGAGUUCUAUAAGCGUAUGAGGUGGGAGGGUAUUAUGCCGGACAAGUUUACUUUUCCAUGUGUGAUCAAAGCUUGUUGUGAUGUUGUGGAGGUUUUGGAGGUUAGGAAGAUUCAUGGUUUAUUGUUUAAACUUGGGUUGGAGUUGGAUGUAUUUGUUGGAAGUGCUUUGGUUCAUACUUGUUUGAAAUUUGGGUUAAUGGAAGAGGCACAAGAGGUGUUCGAGGAAUUGCCGAUGAGGGAUGUUGUGCUUUGGAAUGCAAUGGUUAAUGGUUAUGCACAAACAGGGAGGUUUGAUGAGGCUUUAGGGAUUUUUAGGAGAAUGGGUAAAGAAGGGAUUGUCCCUAAUAGAUUUACGGUUACUGGUGUUUUGCCGGUUUUAGCUUUCAUGGAGGAGCUUAACAAUGGGAGAGCAAUUCAUGGAUUUGCUAUGAAAAUGGGGUAUGUCUCUGGUGUUGCAGUUUCCAAUGCAUUGAUUGAUAUGUAUGGGAAAUGCAGGUGUAUUGGACAUGCUCUGGAAAUUUUUGAGAUAAUGGAUGAGAAAGAUAUAUUUUCAUGGAACUCGAUUAUAGCUGUUUCUGGACAAUGUGGUGAUUAUGAUGGUACUCUAAGACUUUUUGAUAGGAUGUUAGGUUCUGGAGUUCGACCUGAUUUGAUCACUGUCACUGCAGUACUUCCUGCUUGCUCAAAUCUAGUUGCGUUAAUGCAUGGACGACAGAUUCAUGGGUAUAUGAUAGUCAAUGGGUGGGGAAUGGAAGGCAAUAAUAAAAACACUGAUGAUCAGCUAGUGAACAAUGCUGUUAUGGACAUGUAUGCAAAAUGUGGGAGCAUGAGAGAUGCACAGUCAGUUUUCUAUAAGAUGGGCAAUAAGGAUGUAGCAUCAUGGAACAUCAUGAUCAUGGGUUAUGGCAUGCAAGGUUAUGGUAAUGAGGCAUUAGAUGUGUUUUCACGUAUGUGUGAGGCACAAAUGAAGCCUGAUGUGGUCACAUUCAUUGGGGUGUUGUCUGCCUGCAGCCAUGCAGGCUUGGUGAAACAAGGGCGUGAGUUUUUGACGUUGAUGAAAUCAAAAUAUGGUGUAGAUCCAACUAUUGAGCAUUAUACUUGUGUGAUUGACAUGCUUGGACGAGCUGGGCAGCUUGAAGAGGCUUAUAAAUUGGCACAAACAAUGCCUAUUGAGGCCAAUCCUGUGGUAUGGAGGGCUUUGUUAGCGGCAUGUCGGCUCCAUGGUAAUGCUGACUUUGCUGACAUUGUUGUACGACAGGUAUUUAAACUUGAGUCGGGGCAUUGUGGAAAUUAUGUAUUGAUGUCAAAUAUAUAUGGAGUAAUCGGUCGAUAUGAAGAGGUAUUAGACAUUAGACAUGCUAUGAGGCAACAAAAUGUGAGGAAGACACCGGGAUGUAGCUGGAUUGAGCUCAAGAAUGGCGUGCAUACUUUCAUUACGCGUGAUAUGACCCACCCUGAAGCCAACCUUAUUUAUGUUGCGUUAAAUUCAUUGACUGCUCGUCUACAGGAAUAUGGUUAUAUGCCUGAUCUCUAACAUUGGAUUUGUGCUGAAAGUACACCAUGGCAUUGUGCCUUCUUUCAUUUUCUCUUGGUUGGGUGGGAAAGAAAGUAUACUAAAAUUGUAUGGAAGAGUGAAAUAAUCCCUUUUGAGUCAGUGUACAAAAAAAAGUAGCAAUAUGCUGCCCUAAUUUGCAGUGCAUCCAGUUGAGUAAAGAAUUAUAAUAAUUACGUUGAGGAUCAUUCAUUGGACAGCAUCAGAAGAAAGGGCCUGAAUUCAUGAAAGGAUGGUGAUUGCACACUGGAAGAGUAGCCCGAGCUUAUGUCUCCAACUCUAUAAAUUUGCUUGCAACUUACAGGUUGAUACAUCUCCCUUUCUUUUGAAAAAAAAAAAAAAAAAAAUUUGCAGGAAUCUAACACCCCUGAGAUUCUGUGUAUUCAAAAAAUACAAAUUUCAUAAUUUGUUAGGGUUCAAUUCCAUUAUUUUAAAUUUCUGCAUACUUCAAAUUCUUAGCAGUGCACUACAUGUAGAACAUAAUAGCAGAAUUUUGACUGUAAUUCAGAAAAUUGUGACUUUUGACACCUACUAUAUUGAGUACAUGAUGAUACGGA